CAGGCAGCCAGCGAGCAGGGGAGCGCUCUGGGAUGGGACUUGGAGCAGGCGGCGGCGGCGAAGGAGACGGCGGCAGCGGCGCGGGCUUCUCCCUCGACUCCCACGAGCGAUCCCCGCGGACAGCGCGGCCCGGGCGAGGCGAGGAGGCCAGCGAGGGAGAGCCGGCGGCCGCGCCUCUGUUUCGCUUCCCGGACGCCGUCGGCGGCGGCUGCAGCUUCACCCCCUUCCUUAUCUUGAAAAUGGAAAAGAUGCUCGCCAGCUGUUUUCUGCUGAUCCUUGGACAGGCCCUCCUCGUCCCCGUGGAGGCCAGGCAGCGACCACAUGAGAGGGCCACCUCUAGAGGCAGACACACUCGGACCCACCCCCAGACGGCCCUCCUGGAAAGCACCUGUGAGAACAAGAGGGCAGACCUGGUCUUCAUCAUCGACAGCUCCCGUAGCGUCAACACCCAUGACUAUGCGAAGGUCAAGGAGUUCAUCAUGGACAUAUUACAAUUCUUGGACAUUGGUCCUGAUGUCACCCGGGUGGGCCUGCUCCAGUAUGGCAGCACUGUCAAGAAUGAAUUCUCCCUCAAGACCUUUAAGAGGAAGUCCGAGGUGGAGCGUGCCGUCAAGAGGAUGCGACAUCUGUCCACAGGCACCAUGACGGGUCUGGCCAUCCAGUACGCCCUGAACAUUGCAUUCUCAGAAGCAGAGGGGGCCCGGCCCUUGAGGGAGAAUGUGCCACGGGUCAUAAUGAUUGUGACAGACGGGAGGCCACAGGACUCAGUGGCUGAAGUGGCUGCAAAGGCACGGAACACAGGCAUCCUAAUCUUUGCCAUUGGCGUGGGCCAGGUGGACUUCAACACACUGAAGGCCAUUGGGAGUGAGCCCCACGAGGACCAUGUCUUCCUGGUGGCCAACUUCAGCCAGAUCGAGACCCUGACUUCUGUGUUCCAGAACAAGCUAUGCAUGGCACACGUGUGCAGCACCCUGGGGCACAACUGUGCCCACUUCUGCAUCAACACCCCUGGCUCCUACGUCUGCAGGUGCAAACAAGGAUAUAUACUCAACUCGGACCAGAAGACUUGCAGAAUCCAGGAUCUGUGUGCCACGGAGGACCAUGCCUGUGAGCAGCUCUGCGUGAACGUGCCAGGCUCCUUCGUCUGCCAGUGCUACAGCGGCUACACUCUGGCUGAGGAUGGGAAAAGGUGUGUGGCUGUGGACUACUGUGCUUCAGAAAACCAUGGAUGUGAACAUGAGUGUGUAAAUGCUGAUGGUUCCUACUCCUGCCGGUGCCGUGAAGGAUUUGCUCUUAACCCAGAUGAAAAAACCUGCACAAGGAUCAACUACUGUGCGCUGAACAGACCAGGCUGCCAGCACGAGUGCGUGAACACCGAGGAGGGCGCCUACUGUCGCUGCCGCCGGGGCUACGCCCUGGACGCCGACGGGAAGACCUGCCGCCGGGUGGACCACUGUGCGCAGCAGGAGCACGGCUGUGAGCAGCUGUGCCUGAACACGGAGGAGUCCUUCGUCUGCCAGUGCUCGGAGGGCUUCCUCAUCAAUGAGGACCUCAAGACCUGCUCCCGGGUGGAUUACUGCCUGCUGAGUGACCAUGGCUGUGAAUACUCCUGCGUCAACACGGACAGAUCUUUCUCCUGCCAGUGUCCUGAGGGACAUGUGCUCCGCAGUGAUGGGAAAACAUGUGCAAAGUUGGACUCAUGUGCUUUGGGGGACCACGGUUGUGAACAUUCCUGUGUAAGCAGUGGAGACUCUUUCGUGUGUCAGUGCUUUGAAGGGUAUACACUCCGUGAAGAUGGGAAAACCUGCAGAAGGAAAGACGUCUGCCAAGCAGUAGACCACGGCUGUGAACACAUGUGCGUGAACAGUGGCGAGUCAUACGCGUGCAAGUGCCUGGAAGGAUUCCGGCUUGCUGAGGAUGGGAGACACUGCCGAAGGAAGGAUGUCUGCAAAUCCACCCACCAUGGCUGUGAGCACACUUGUGUUAAUAAUGGGAAUUCCUACAUCUGCAAAUGCUCAGAGGGGUUUGUUCUAGCUGAGGACGGAAGACGGUGCAAAAGAUGCACCGAAGGCCCAAUUGACUUGGUCUUUGUGAUUGAUGGGUCCAAGAGCCUUGGAGAAGAGAAUUUUGAGGUUGUGAAGCAGUUUGUCACUGGGAUUAUAGAUUCUUUGUCAAUUUCCCCCAAAGCUGCUCGAGUGGGGCUGCUCCAGUAUUCCACACAGGUCCGCACAGAGUUUACCCUGAGAAACUUCAACUCAGCCAAAGACAUGAAAAAAGCUGUAGCCCACAUGAAAUACAUGGGCAAGGGCUCUAUGACUGGGCUGGCCCUGAAACACAUGUUUGAGAGAAGUUUUACUCAAGUAGAAGGGGCCAGGCCCAUCUCCGCACGGGUGCCCAGAGUGGUCAUCGUAUUCACUGAUGGACGGGCUCAGGAUGACGUCUCCGAGUGGGCCAAUAAAGCCAAGGCCAAUGGUAUUACUAUGUAUGCCGUUGGGGUAGGAAAAGCCAUUGAGGAGGAACUACAAGAGAUCGCCUCUGAGCCCACAGACAAGCAUCUCUUCUAUGCUGAAGACUUCACCACAAUGGGGCAGAUAAGUGAAAAACUAAAGCAAGGCAUCUGUGAAGCUCUAGAAGCCUCUGAUGGAAGACAGGACUCCCCAGCAGGGGAACCACCAAAUAGAGUUCACCAGCCAACAGAAUCUGAGCCAAUCACCAUAAAUAUCCAAGACCUACUUUCCUGUUCUAAUUUUGCAGUGCAACACCGAUACCUGUUUGAAGACGACAAUCUUUUACACUCUACACAAAAACUUUUCCAUUCAACAAAAUCAUCAGGAAGCCCUUUGGAAGAAAACCAUGAUCAAUGCAAAUGUGAAAACCUUAUAAUGUUCCAGAACCUUGCAAAUGAAGAAGUAAGGAAAUUAACCCAGCGCUUGGAAGAAAUGACACAGAGAAUGGAAGCCCUGGAAAAUCGCCUCAGAUACAGAUGAAGGUUAGAAAUACUCUACCUAAUCUGAAUGUCACUGCAUCAAAGAUUACAAUGAAAGCAGUUCAGAGCCCCAAAGCUCAGGCUUACAUCAAUAAUGUUGUGAAGUAAAACAUAACCGGUAUGGAGAAAGCUGGUUUGCUAAGAACAAAGACAAUAAAUAGACACUAACUUGUAUAUGAUUUUUAGGGGGGAAAAAUCUUUUGGAAUUCUGAGUUCACCACAUGAGAAUAAAUAAGCUAUGCAAGGUAUUUUGUAAUAUACCAUGGACGUGACUUGCUUCUGCCUUGUCUUGCCUUAGAGUGUUGCAAUCUCAUUUCACUUUAAGACGAAGUCUGCAGUCUUACUUCUGUAGAACACUGGCCAUAGGAAGUGCUAUUUUUUUGUAUUGGACUUUACCUCGAUAUAUGUAUAUGGAUGUACGCGCAAAAUCAUAGGACAUAUGUACUUGAGUAACAAGUUGGAUUUUUUUAUAUGACAUUAAAAUUUACCACUUCAAGAAUGGUA